CUAGCAACCUUUCGGUUACUAGCCCAACGCUCUAACCACUAGGCCACCUGCCACCCCAAAAUUGAUGAAGGAAGGGAAAAAAAACUGAUUUGAAUACAUUUUAGAAUGAGUCUGUAACGUAACAAAAUGUGGAAAAGUCUAAGGGGUCUGAAUACUUUCUGACUGUGGUGUAUACUGCAGUCUGAAUUUGUUUAGCUCUGUUACAGAAUCAACAUUUUUAUAUUUAUUACUGAUAUCUGUAUUAGUAAAUAUUGAUUUUGUGACCACAUCUUUUUUUGCCAGUAGGGAAAUGGUUUUUAUUGUCACCUGGAAGGUAGUAAAUGUGUUAUGAACUGGUUGAUAUAUUACUGUGAUGUCAGCUACUGGUGGUGGUACCUGGCAAGGUGAGCAGGGACUAAGCCUACCUUUUUCUUAGGUCAGUUUCACAUACACACAACCCUUUUUAAAGGAGGAAGACUGUCUGCUGACUGAAUACAACAUCGAGAUUGGUGACGUCACGAUUCAAAAAAAGAAAUAAAAAAUGUUCAGGAACAAUAGCGUGCCGUUUCCCUCUCAACCAAGAGGGUUCCCUCAGGUGGAUCCCCCCUCUCAGAGGUCCAGUAUGACCAGACCCAGUGCCAAGUCCAUAUACAUGCAAAGGAAGGAGUAUUCUGAAACGAUGAACAACCAACCUGACAACUUUCAGUACAGGGUGGAGCACCUGUUUACGUGUGAGUUGGACGGCCAGGAGGUGCGCAACUUGGAUGACUGUGUGACCAGGCUGCAGAGGCUGGAGGCUAAGGGCCGUGUCUGGGGGCAGGAGGUGAUCCUGGAGGUCCAGGGAGGAUACCUUCAGCUCAACGACAUCGAGACCAAGGCAGAGCUGGAGUAUGUGCCUCUGGGAAGUGUAGUUCAGACCAAGGCUGUGUUGGACACUUGUGCCUACAACUCCCUGCUCACUGUUAUGGUCCAGGAACGCAACAGGCGCAUCCCUCAAGUCUUUAUGUUCCAGUGUGAGGAGGUCGGGGCAGAGCAUAUCAGAGAAGACCUGGACAAGGCUGUCCAACACAACGCCAAUGCUCCUCCUCCUGAACCUCGCAGAGAACCAAGCAGACACAAGAGUAAUCUGGAGAACAUCAUCGGUCAACAGGCGAAUGGGAAUGGCUUCUGGCCCAUUGGUCCUGCUCCUCCCAUGAUGCUGCAGGAGAGGACCCCUCCUCCCCCUGACCGCACCGCCCCGGUGUACAACAACAGAAACGGAAGGGACUAUGAGAGCUUCCCUCCCCCUCCAGUCUACAGCCCACUACAGGAGCCCCUGCACAGUCCGGAGGUAUACGGAGGGUCACUGCAGUACGGAGCUAGAGACCAAGAGCCUCGCCAACCCCAGCCUCAAUACACUGACACAGAGAGGAAUGUGGAAAUUUUAAACCAUGUGCUGAACGACGUGGAGCUCUUCAUGGGGAAAGUAGCCGCUCCUCAUGAAGAGAAGAACAACAAGAAGAACAAGAAGAAGAAAAGCUCAAAGCCAAACGCUGACAACUUGCCACAUUGGGAGGAGUUUGUUGUCUGUCUUCAGAAAAUCAAGUAUGGAUUCAACCUGCUGGGAAAGCUGAAUGGAGAGAUCCAGAACCCUAGCGCUGCUGACUUUGUCCACAUUCUCUUCUCCACUCUGGGCAUGUUGAUGUGCCACUACCCCCCUGACCUGCCCCCCUCUGUCCUGACCCCCCUGCUAACAGAGCCAGCACUCAUCUUGCUUAGCCAGGUGGUCACCCCAGAGGAGGACCAGAAAUGGAGGGCCCUGGGAGACUCCUGGAACAUCCCCAGGUCCAAAUGGCCAGACGGUCACAUGAUCCCGCCCUACAACCCAGAGUUCUAUGAUGGUUGGCAGCCGCCACAGCCUGUCCCACCGGCAGCCAAUCAGGGCCUGAGCAGGAGCAACAGCCAGCACAUCCCCCUGAGAAAGGAAAUGAUGCAACAGAUGCCUGAUGAGGGCAGGCAGUUGAGCAGGAGCAACAGCCAAUACAUGCAACGGCCUGAGGAGCUGGCCCCAGUGAGGAUGCGUGUGAUCUAUGACUUUAUGGCCAGGAACCCCCAGGAGCUGAGCAUUAUGAAGGGAGAGGUUGUCCAGGUCGUAGACAAGUCGGGGCAGUGGUGGAGGAUCCGUAAUGAACGUGGCGAGGAGGGUCACGUUGCUAAGAACGUUCUAGAGCCUCUGGAUGGAGGGAGAGGGCCCUGGGAUGAGGGCCAGGAGGUGCGCUCCCCUCCACCCCUCAACAUGCAGUCCAGACCUGCAGAGGUGAAAGCCUGGCUGGAAUACAAAGCCUUCUCCAAAAUAACGGUUCGUAGCCUGAGCGUGCUGAACGGAGCCCUGCUACUGGGGAUGUCCAAAGAUGAGAUGAGGACGGUGUGUCCAGAGGAAGGAGGAAGAGUCUUCUUCCAGCUGCAGGCCAUCAAGUCCUCCAUAGCCCUUGCCAGUGAGUCCAGUGGAUAUGGCCCUUAUAACGGUCGUUAGGCUGACUCGUCACAA